UCAGCGGAAUCCUUUGAUGCGACCAAAGUAUUGGACAUCCUCUUCAAUAUCAUCAAACGCUGUGAAUAUCUUGGUUUGAAAAUCGACUGUGUCACAUCUGACAUGGGUGGUGGCAACAUGGCAAUUUGGAGACUGUGUAGCAUUUGUGCAACGAGGUAUGGGCUCCCAAAAACUAUGUGUCCGCAUCCUUGUGGGGGAGGACGCAGUCUGCAUUUCCUAGCUGAUGCACCUCACUUGCUCAAGAAUCUUCGUGGGCACCUCAUCCGACAGCAGAAAAUACUUCUGGAUGCCGAUACAGUCAGGAAGAACAACUUGCCAACCAAUGAGGUCUCUCUUAAAUACAUCAGGGAACUGUGUGAGAUUGACGAGAAACACAGUCUCAAACUUGCUCCACGGUUGAAACUGAAACAUCUCAGUGGAAACCACUUCGACAAAAUGAAUGUAAGCACUGCCUGUGCACUAUUCAGUCACAGCGUGGCAGCAGCUCUCAAACUGUUGGUCGAGCACAGGAAGAUUGAUGUCACAGCCUUAACAACGGCCUGGUUCCUUGAGCAAGUGUUCAAGUGGUUUUCGCUGAUGACGUCUAGGACACCUACAAUGGCUCUUAGUGACAUGUGCCCAGAGAAAGGAAAAGAAGCGAAACUCUUUCUCCUAGAGUUUAUGGAAAUGUUCAGGAAGUUGAGCAUUAUAGACAAAAAUAGAACCAACCCAACAUGGAAGCCAGUUCAGUCCGGUGUAAUCAUCACCACUACAACAGCACUGAAGCGUGAACUUUACGUGACGGAAAGGGGUCUCAAGUUUCUACUUUUGGGUCGGUUUAGCCAGGAUUCCCUUGAAAAUCUAUUCAGUGUCGUGAGAACAAGGACACCAGUUCCUCGAGCAAGAUAAUUCAAGCAUACCCUGAGACUUAUCACACUAGGACAGUUUUUUCAGCCAAGCAAGCAUGGCUCCUAUGACAUCGACGACUCUCUGCAAUUGACAGACUCCCUGUGUUCGAGGCCAGACUUGUCCGUAGAAUUGCUAAGCAUGAACAUGCCAGACCCAGAGGAGGCAGAAAACCUGGAUCCAGAAGAGCACCAGUCACUUGAGUAUUUAGCUGGGUACGUAGCAAGAAACAUAAUGAAAAAGCACAGCCUCUGCAACACCUGCAAGGGAACUCUAACCGAUUCCACUCUUAGCCAAGCGCAAAGCCUUUUGGCCCUGAAAAAUUAUAUUCCAAGCAAACCAUCGCUUUGCACACCAACCAGGAAAGUCCUCGCUCUUCUAGAGUGUGCAGAAGGGUACUUCAGGAAGAAUGAA